AGCAGGGUGUUUAGGCGUCAGUUGGACGGGAGAGGUCGGAAGGGGAGGUUGCUGCGCGGUCUCGUCCUCUGAAGAGUUUUCAUCUGCGAGAGGGACGAAGGGCGUGGGCUGGAGUGUCUAACAUGCGUCGCUUGCUCCUGCUGGGGGUGAUUCUCCUCCUGCAGGAAGGCAAAGGCGCCCAGGCAACGGACGCUCCGCCUGAUUCCCCUAUGUGUCUCCUGAACAUGAUGGAAUGGACAGUCAACAUGCCCAGUGAUGUGAAGACGGAAUACGGUGCCGUCUACGGGAACAACAUGAUCGCCGGUUGUCAAGGGAGCAAAGUCAUCCUCACUUGCAAGGACACCCAAUACUUUCAUUUUUCGAAGAUACACCGACCGCAAAGAGAAGUCACUCUCCAUUGUGCAUUGGGUGGUUGGCAUCUACACUAUCCCAAGCCAAGGAAUGUGGGCUUGUACAAAAACGAACCGGGGGUUUACGGAUGUGCUGAAGACUUCACGUGCUCUGCCUCAUGGAAAUUUGAAAGUGACUUGUUGGUGACCAGCGAACCAAACGUAACUGUGUCGCUUUGGAAGGAGGAGCUCGACCCGGGGGAGCAUGUUACUGCGGUUCGUGAAGGCACCGAGCUAGGCCUUAAGGGAACAAGACCGAGCAAGGUGCACAUCACGUGUCUGGACCCUAGAGCUCUGAUUUGGUUGAGCACCGGACCAACGAACGCCGUGACUUUCGACUGUAAUGGCCUGAAAGGGUGGUCGUGGAUUUACCCGCUAUGUUAUCCGGCGUGCAAAACCAAGAGUGGACAAGCGUGCCGUCUACCUUUCGUCUACAAGGACACCGAAUACCACUCGUGCACGCGCCUUAGCCUCAGAAAGGAGCCUCAGGCCCUGGCGACGUUCAGGUGCGGCCUCGUGUACAACGUGACAGACCCUGCGGACCUGCAUGUGUGUGACAUGAAUAAGGAAACCAGUACAUGUGGCAGACACAUCGACUCAACAAGGCCGCAGAGUAUACGAUGCGGAGGAGGACCCGAGUGCCUUCUGAGGCUGCACAUUCCCGACGCGUCUGCUCUGAACAUCACGCCCUUCAGGUCGCAUUUCAGCCCUAGAAUCAACGCUUCAGGAGAAGAAAUGUUUGUGCAGGGUUGUAUCUACGAACAUCUGCAUUUCGAAUGCGCCAACAGUGAAGCUUCUCUCCAGUUGUCAACGCAGUCCGAAUCCUAUUCAAGCAGGAUCAGAUCCUCCACCUUCGUUAUGGCCUGUCUCUACCGAAAUUCGAAAUGGAAAUUCAGAUUCAGCCCACACUCGCUUUCUCCUCUUCUUACUUACACGGCUCGGUGCGUGGGGCCAGCCACCAAUGGCCCGGCGGCGAAUGCGACUGGCGGGACGCGGAUCUCGACCGCCCCCGGGGGCGGUACCUCGGCCGUGUCUACGACUACCAGUUCCGGGCUUAGUACGACACGCAGGACCUCCCCGGCCACAGCCUCUACGUCGAUCAGGUCGUCUUUUACCACGACCUUCGGAACGACCAGUGUGCCUUUGACUACCGCAGCGGCUGAGACCACCACGACCAUAGAGACGACCACUACGUCUGCAACCACCACGGAUCCGACGACGACCACAGCUUCGGCAACGACAACGACCCCCGAUACGACUACGGCCUCGACGACCACGACGAUCCCCGAUACGACCACGGCCUCGACGACCCCCGAUACGACCACGGCCUCGACGACGACAACGACGCCGGAGACGUCCACGACCUCGGAACAAGUCAAUGGUAUGUACGUAAAGAGGCGCACAUUCAUAGUACACAAAUACCCGCAUGUACCUAAGCAUGUACCCCUACACACACACACGCAUACAAACAAACUCAUGAAGACACAUACACAGAAAUACACAAGCACAAGUCAUACAUACAGACAAUAACAAACAGAAAUAACUCUUUUUGGCGAUGACUUGUCGUAAGAAUGAUGAUUAUAUUAUGUUUUAUAUUUACGAUACCGCCAAUGAGCACGCAUGCCUUCACAACAUUUUCCGAUCGAAAUCAGUGCCAUAAUUUGCAAAUAUUAGUUAGUCAGUGGAUCUAAAAGUGGAUAUAUUCAUAAAAUAAAUAAAUAAAUAAAAUAAAAGUGUAUGCUAACAUUUCUAUCCCAUUUCAGGUCUUAGGUUAUUAAGCAUAAACUUGUCAUAUACAUUUCUAGCCUUUUAUAGUCGUUAACAUUAUCAUGAUAUUUUCUUUUAACAUUUAUGAUCUUGA